CAGCCACCGGCAUCCUCCACCCACACCCACACACACAUCCACGCUGCUUGUGCCAUGGCGGACCGCAAGAAGAGGGACCGGUAUGCGGGCGCUGCGUACGAGUUCGGCGCAAAUGCAGCGGGCACUGUUCCAGCAAACGCAGCUUCGGCAGCAGGCGUGCCUCCUCCAGCACCUGGCCAGUAUGGAGGCUAUUCGCCAGGCAUCCCAAUGUCUCCCACGCAGGAUCCGAAUGCCCUCGGCCAGCAAUUCCAGCAGAUGAACUUGGGCCCGCAGCCUACCCAAGUGACGCCGCAGUUGCAGCAGGCCGCGCCCGCACAACAGAACCAACUCUACCCAUCCGACUUGAUCGCACAGCCUGUCCAUGCCUCGGAGAUUGAUUCAGCUCCUCCACCCAUCCAGCUGCCCGCGAACCUCGCCGCCACCCCGUCCCCGCACUCCAACUGCCCGCCCCCCUACAUCCGCUCCACCCUGGCCUGCGUCCCCACCACCCACAGCUUGCUCAAGAAGUCCAAGCUUCCCUUUUCCCUCAUCGUUCAGCCCUACACCUCGCUGCACGACGAUGAAGCCCCCGUACCCGUUAUAGACGACCAGGUCAUCAGCCGAUGCCGUCGCUGCAGGGCAUAUAUCAAUCCCUUUGUUACCUUCCUCGACCAUGGCCACAGAUGGAGGUGCAACAUGUGCAAUCUGACCAACGACGUUCCACAGGCCUUCGAUUGGGAUGCAGCACAACAGAAGAGCGUCGAUCGCUGGCAGAGAAGCGAACUCAACUACUCUGUUUGCGAGUUUGUUGCCCCCCAGGAGUACAUGGUCCGCCCUCCUCAGCCGCUCGUCUACCUUUUCUUGAUUGAGGUUGGCCAACCGUCACUCAUCAACGGCUUGUGCGCCACCGUCUCAAGAAUCAUCUCCGAGGCUCUUCCGCGGAUACCCAAUGCAGAUGGCAGAACCCGCGUUGGCUUCAUCGGCUUCGAUGCAAGCCUGUAUUAUUUCUCUAUCCCUCGCGAUGGCAGCGAAAACAACGACCCUUCCAUGCUUGUUAUAUCGGACCUCGACGAACCCUUCCUUCCUACGCCCGAUAAUCUGCUUGUAACACUCUCCGAGUCCAUGCAGAACGUGCAAACUUUCCUCGAAAAACUCCCUACCAUGUUCCAGGACAACAUGCAAACAGCUUCGGCCAUGGGCUCUGCCCUUCGGGCUGGUCAUCGAAUGACGGCAGCUAUUGGUGCCAAAAUCACGGUCAUCUCUUCUUCUCUGCCAAACCAUGGAUUCGGGAAGCUGGAGAAUCGCGAGCGCAAAGACAUUCUAGGCACCAGCAAGGAAGGAAGUCUUUUGCAGACCCAAAAUUCUUUCUACAAAAGCUUCGCCGUGGAGUGCUCGAAGAACCAGGUCUCGAUUGAUAUGUUCCUCUUCUCGAGUGCAUACCAGGAUGUAGCUUCGCUGAGCAAUCUUCCGCGAUACACCGGAGGCCAGACAUGGUUUUACCCGGGAUGGAACGCUGCCCGACAAGAAGAUGCUAUUAAACUGGCCCAAGAGUUUACGAACUAUCUCAGCUCGGAAAUUGGCCUCGAGGCUGUACUUCGAGUUCGUGCUAGCACUGGUCUGCGCAUGUCUGCAUUCUAUGGAAACUUUUUCAAUCGGUCAUCUGAUCUUUGCGCGUUUCCGUCCUUCCCUAGGGAUCAACAAUAUAAUGUUGAGGUUGCAAUUGAUGAGACUUUGACACGCCCUUCAGUCUUUCUGCAGGCCGCCGUUCUCCACACGAGCUGUAACGGUUCCAGAAGGAUCCGUGUCAUGACUUUGGGUCUCCCGACCACAGAGAAUUUGGCCAACGUCUACGCUUCGGCAGACGCCCAGGCGAUCACUACAUAUUUCAGCCACAAAGCUGUUGAGCGCGCACUGUCUAGUGGCCUCGAUGCUGCUCGUGACGCUUUGCAAUCCAAGGUUAUUGAAAUCUUGACAACCUACAGAUCAAACUUGGCUGGCGGCAGUGCUGGUGGGCUUACUUUACCUGCAAACCUCCGAGCACUCCCCGUUUUGUUCCUCGGUCUGAUUAAGAACGUGGGGUUGAGGAAAAGCGCUCAAAUACCUUCGGAUUUGCGUGCCGCUGCGCUUUGCUUAAUAUCCACACUUCCAACCGCGUUACUUUUGAGAUAUAUCUACCCUGCGUUCUACUCUUUGCAUGAUAUGCCCGACGAUGCAGGCGUAAGCGAUCCCCAGACUGGCACUAUCGUUAUGCCCCCACUCCUGAACUUGUCAUCUGAACGUAUUGUGCCCUAUGGACUGUAUCUUCUUGACGAUGGUGUCAACCAAUUCUUGUGGGUUGGUCGUGACGCAGUACCAGCAUUGAUUCAGGAUGUCUUUGGGGUGGAAGAUCGCACGCAGAUUCAACAGGGCAAAACCACAUUGCCACGCCUUGAUAACGAUUUCAACGAGCGCGUAAACGCUGUCAUGGAGAAGUCCAGGGAUCACAAGGCAAAGGGUGUAGGUAGUAUCACCGUGCCGACGCUCUAUGUCGUGAAAGAGGACGGUGACCCAAGCCUGAAACUCUGGGCGCAAACUUUGCUCGUUGAAGACCGAGCGGACCAGGGCGUGAGCUUGCAGCAGUGGCUUGGAAUGUUGAGAGAAAAGGUACGUCUACUGAUCCCAACCAUGAGACUUAAUACCUCUCUCGAUUCAACAGGGCCCGAGUAA